UUUCAGUCGAUUAAAAAUCCAGCUCAUGUAGACACAUGUACGAAUAUAUAUUGGAAUAAUCACGACGCGCCAAAAAUCUAAUCACGUUUUGUCGCCCAGUAAACCUUCGAUACAGCGCAUGAUCUAGUUGUGUGUGUCACACACGUUCAAGGAAAAGCACACAGACCAGCACACCGAAGUGGAAUGUCCACUUGAUAGUAGGAAUGAGUGUGACAUUCAAUCUGCAGUGUGUUGCUAAUACUUGAGCUAAUAGAGUAGCAAUUAAUGAUUCUGAAUAAGAUCCAUUAUCGCCAAUUGGAAUGACAGAUGAAUCAUAAUAAUUGUCGGGGUUAUUGUUUCUCAUUGUUACUUGGCCAUCUGAUAGAGUAGAGGUCACUGAACUAUGGCGGAGGGAUUCGAGGAAAACAUCAGAAGAAGAAAAUCUCUCUGGGAGAGGAUUAAAAAUGUUCCGGAGACCGUUGCUACUGGACUUCAGAAUUUUUUCUACAGAUUGGGCUUCAAUAUCGCCCGAUCACCGAUGCAAUGGAUUGUCGGGAGCACAAUAGCUGUUUUGUUAUGCCUCUGUGGUCUCUAUCGCUUUCGGCAGGAGAAAAAUCCCCUGAAACUAUGGGUACCACCGAAUUCGGACUUUGUCAGGGAUACAGAGUGGCUACUGGCGAACUUUGCUGAAGGACAGAGGACAGAGACCAUGAUUCUCACUGCAGACGAUGUUUUAGAGCCUGAUGUACUCUAUGAGCUGAAUGAAAUUACUAAACGAAUUUUAUCAGUACAGACGGAUAAGGAACCGGUAUUAGCAUGGACAGACGUUUGUUUCAAGAUACCUUUAAUCGCAGAGUAUACGAACCGUAAUAAACGUGCAAUAGACGAUGAUUUUUUCGACGAAGAACCUUCAGCGAAAAUAAACAAAACAAAGUUUGAAGCGAGUGUUCACGCACCCAGCGAGAUAUACUGCAAAAUAUUCAAUAGUUUUCCCAAAGGAUGUCUGCUAUUCAGUAUCCUGGAUCUAUGGGACUUUGAUUCUGAUCUCAUCAGAAUCCAAACGAAGCAGGACAUUAUAAGCAAAUUGCACUCGACUAAGCUCAGCCCCACCUUGGGGCAUCCCAUGAAUUUCUCAGAAUUAUUAGGGGGAAUUGAGACUGACUACAUGGGCCGAAUCGUAUCUGCCAAGGCAGUCAAGACAUUAUGGAUGGUCCACAUCAAUUUUACGACUAUCAAUAUGGGAAAGAGUGGAAAUGAUGUUGGAACUGCAGACUGGGCAUCAAUUGAAGUCUUAAAUUGGGAAUCAGCGUUCGUGAAAGAACUCCAGACAAAUGCUCAACGUUUGAAGGAUCAAAAUCCAUUCAAUCGAAAUAUUGAAUUAUUCUAUAGAGCUGGGAGAAGCUUCGGAGAUGUCAGUUCUUCGACAAUGUUCCAAGAUGUGACUAAACUUAUCAUAGGAAUUAUCUGCAUGACUCUCUACGUACAAUUUAUAUUGUCUCGAUUUAAUUGGGUAGAAUAUCGUUUUUGUUUGACAACAGCAGGACUGCUGUGUGUCGGUGGUGCUUUUAUCGUAGCAGUUGGUGCAUGCUCUCUAUUCGGAGUACCUUUUGGGCCAGUCCACUCAUCAUUACCCUUGAUGUUGCUGGGUCUUGGUGUCGAUGAUAUUUUUGUGAUGAUGGCAUCGUGGAAAGAGUUGAUGACAGUGCAAGAACAUCGCGAAAAGUCAGUGGAGCAGAGAAUUGCCAUGAUGUUAAGUCAUGCUGGAGCUGCUAUUUGCAUCACUUCUUUGACAGAUGUAGUCGCUUUCAUAAUUGGGGCAUCGACUAUUUUACCUUCGCUGGAAUCUUUCUGCAUUUAUGCAGCAGUUGGAGUCCUCGUGACAUUCCUCCUUCAAAUCACCUUCUUCGUGGCUUUUUUCUCAUUGGAUGUGAAAAGAGUGGAGAGCAAGAGAAAUGGAGUGUUCCCUUGUAUAAUUCAUCCGAGCUAUGAGCCGUCUAUUAGUGAUUCUCGGGAACGAAGAGUAUCGCGAAUCAUCGACUACAUUUAUUCGAAACUAGUGCUGACUCUACCUGGAAAACUGGUGGUCUUGGGGAUCACUUUGGCCAUUGCUAGUGUCGCCACGAUAGGCGCCCUUCAGCUGCAGCAGUGGUUUGAUAUGAACUGGUUCCUUCCUGAGGGGUCCUAUCUGCACAAAUAUAUCGCUGUUCGGACCGCACAAUUUCCUAAUAAAGGAUAUCCGUCCAUGGUGAUACUUGGAGACUUGGAUUAUCACUCGGAGCUGACCAGGAUCCUUGAUUUUACUAAUACUCUGGGAAAUUUAUCGACUAUUGAUCAUGUUGACUCUUGGCCACAUCACUUCGCAGAUUUUCUGGAGAUAUAUUAUGAGAAAGAUGUCAGAAACAAAACAUUGAAUUCCGAAGAAUUUCAAUUCUACCUCUCGAAGUUCCUCUUCAGUCAAAUGGGUGGAAAAUACCAGGGGAAUUUUCAUUUCUUUUCGAAUCUUACCUGUGGACAGAACGCUCCAAGAAUAAAAGUAUCAAGCAUCAAUUUUGCUUUCAAAAGCUUCACCGGCCCUGAUCAAUGGCUCCCUGCAAUGGACCAUGCGAAAUCGACAUUGGUCAAUGCCAAUAUCAGUGGAUUUACGUUUAUCUGGAGCAAUGUGUUCGGUGCUUGGGUGACGGAUAAGGUAAUUGCAACUGAAGUGACUAGAAAUAUAUUCCUCGCGCUCAUCUGCGUGAUGGGUACCACGUCAUUGCUGAUUGCCGAACCACAGACGUGCUUCUGGAUUCUUCUGUGUGUCAGUUUGACACUCGUUGACAUAUGUGGAUUUAUGUAUUAUUGGGGAUUGAGUAUUGACAUCGUCUCGUGUAUUGGUCUCGAAUUAGCAGUUGGACUGAGCGUAGACUACGCCUCACACGUCGCCCACGCCUUCCUGCACAGCAAAGCUCCAAAAGACGGGGAAAAUCGUCACAUGAGAGCCGUGAACGCCGUGAGGCACAUAGGAAUAGCUGUACUUUGUGGUGCUGGUUCGAUGUUGCUCUCUCAAAUUCCUCUGAUAUUUUCAGAAGCCUAUGUAUUCAAAACCUUCUUCAAGAUAUUUUUCCUGGCCAUCACCUUUGGCCUGUGGCACGGUUUGGUCUUUCUCCCCGUAGUUCUCAGCACAAUUGGCCCAAAAAGUCUGCACAUUAAUGACAAAAAAAUGAUACAGACUGAGUUUAAUAGUCUUACCAAAGAUAUUGACGCACAACUACCAUUGACUCCUGUAAAAAAUAACAAUUAAUAAAAAAUCAAUUGAUCAU